AUGUAUUACUUUCGAUCUUUUACAUUUCGUGAAACCAUCUUGCUUUAUCGUAAAACUGAAUCUGCAUCUAAGCCAAGUCUGGACAUAUACAAUAAAGCAUGUGGUGUGCGAUACUGGCAAAAGAAUGAAAAUUUUGCAAAUAAACAUGACAUACUUUUCUUUUUCGUUUUAAGUUCAAUUUUGGAUCCAGCACAUGAAGAAAUUAUCAUCAUUGAAUUUGGAGCAAAUGUUGGCCAGUUUAGCGAAGUGAUUCUAGCUACACCGCAUGAGAUACCGUAUGUUGUGCAUUCUAUAGAACCUGUUAUAUCUCUUUUUCAAACAAUGACAAAUCGAUCAUCGUCAUUUCGAAAGCAAAAACAUGAUAAACAUUUUCUUCACAAUAUUGCCAUUAGCGAUCGAACCGGUCGCGUGCCGAUCUAUACACAUGCACCAGACAAGCCAGGCGAAGCGUCAACACUGGGACACAGUUCACGAUUAGGUUAUCGAUUCAUAUCAGAAGUAUCUGUCACAACAUUGCCUAUGUUCAUCAAAACUAAUCACAUCAAAACACCGAUCUCUUUCGUUAAGAUUGAUGUUGAAGGAUUCGAACCCGAGGUCAUACGCGGUAUGAAUUUAACAUUCAAUUCUGCUCUAUUUCCGUUAUUCUUAUUCGAAACCGGCGGUGCAUGGCGCGAUGAUCGUUCAGUUCUGGCAAGAACGCACACCAUCAAAUCAUUUGUAAGGAUGCUCGACAUCCUUGGGUACGAUUGCUUUUAUGUUGGUAGUCCGUAUCUUCUACCUAUCACUGGAAAAUACUGGGAUGAUUCAUUCGAAGACAUACCACGAAGUUGCAAUAUCCUAUCGGUAUUGCGUAUUUCACAGACUUGGAAAAAUUUAGCUACGAAACUCGCACAUAUACCAUUAAAUUCUUGUCAAUGGUUAUGA